UCCGGGGUCUGGCAGUCAGUGACAGAGCCGGGCGCCCACGGCCCGAGCCACCCCGGCAACACCAUGCCCGCGCUCCUGGAGCGCCCCAAGCUUUCCAACGCCAUGGCCAGGGCGCUGCAUCGGCACAUCAUGAUGGAGCGGGAGCGCAAGCGGCAGGAGGAAGAAGAGGUGGACAAGAUGAUGGAACAGAAGAUGAAGGAAGAGCAGGAAAGGAGAAAGAAAAAGGAGAUGGAAGAGAGAAUGUCACUAGAGGAAACUAAGGAACAAAUUCUGAAGUUGCAGGAGAAGCUUUUGGCUCUACAGGAAGAGAAGCACCAACUUUUCUUGCAGCUCAAGAAAGUCUUACACGAGGAAGAAAAACGGAGGCGAAAGGAGCAGAGUGACCUGACCACUCUGACAUCAGCUGCGUACCAGCAGAGCCUGACAGUUCACACAGGAACACACCUUCUCAGCAUGCAGGGGAGCCCUGGUGGACACAAUCGCCCAGGCACUCUCAUGGCAGCUGACAGAGCUAAACAGAUGUUUGGGCCUCAAGUACUUACUACCCGGCACUACGUGGGCUCAGCUGCUUUUGCAGGGACCCCAGAGCACGGGCAAUUCCAAGGCAGCCCAGGAGGUGCCUAUGGGACUGCUCAGCCCCCACCUCACUAUGGGCCCACACAGCCAGCUUACAGCCCUAGCCAGCAGCUCAGAGCACCUUCAGCAUUUCCUGCAGUGCAGUACCUGUCUCAGCCACAGCCACAGCCCUAUGCUGUACAUGGCCACUUUCAGCCCACCCAGACAGGGUUUCUCCAGCCUGGGGGUGCCCUGUCCUUACAAAAGCAGAUGGAACAUGCUAACCAGCAGACUGGCUUCUCAGACUCAUCCUCCCUGCGCCCUAUGCACCCACAGGCUCUGCACCCAGCCCCUGGACUCCUUGCAUCUCCCCAGCUCCCUGUGCAGAUGCAGCCAACAGGAAAGACAGCACUGUGAUCUGGGGGAGUAAGAGGGCUACUCAGUAGGUGCCCAAGUUCAGGAAGCAGCAGAAUGAAAGAAGCUGGUCAAACAAAAGGGAGGGAGUGAGGGAGUAAAGGUAUACCAUACCAAGAUCUCUUCUCCACAGUCAUACUUCUGCUCAAUCUCCUUGCCAAGGUCUCCGUCAGGAAGACGUAGGUCCUCCCGCACCUCCCCACUGUCCUGGAGCAGUGAUAGGUAGCCAUCCUGGAUGCCAAUCAGCUGGGGGCAGAUAAGGAAGGAAGCUG